AUGUUCGAUCUAGGAUCUUACCGUCCUAACCAUGACCCACCAGCCGGGAUGGAGCCAUAUGAUCUUCCCAGAGAAGGAGAUUUAGGAGCCCUCAGUAAUGCUCAACAGGGAGCAACAAAUAAGCUCAAAGCCCAAACUCGGUUAAAUAAUGAGCAUUAUUUACGAAAACAUCCAGAAAUAAAAUACAUGAUAACUGCAUUUCUGAGAGAACAUUUUGUUGGUAAGUUACAUCUUAAGCUACAUCUUCAGAUUUUUUUACUAGUCCAAAUCUUGAGUCGAAUAUAG